GUUCCAAUCUAACCUUAUUUUCGUUCUUAAUUCUUAGCUAUCUAGCGGUAUUUACGUUUUCUCGGUUUUUCACUAUUUCAGUGAGUUUGUCUCUGAGAAGAGACAAGGUUACUGUCUGAGUUUUUCAAUCUUCAACCAGAGACGAGAUAUUUUAAGAACACAAAUCAAUUUGAGUAUUGUAGUUCAUUAAUUUGAGUAGCUAAUAAAAAUGGGAGACGAGGAAGAUCCUAAAGAAUACAGAUGGGAAACAGGCUAUGAAAAAACUUGGGAAGCCAUCAAAGAGGAUGAUGAAGGAUUUCUGGAAGCCUCCGUAGCUGAUAUUAUACAAAGGGCUAAACGAAAACGUCAAGCUUUAAAACAAGGCAGUCAAAAAUUAGGAAUGAUGAGACAUUUAUAUUUACUCUUAGAUUGUUCUGAUUCCAUGUCUAGUCAAGAUUUAAAACCUACACGGCUUCUAUGUACUUUGAAACUCUUGGAAAUUUUUAUUGAAGAAUUCUUUGAUCAAAAUCCGAUAAGUCAAAUGGGUAUCAUUAUAAUGCACAAUAAAAGAGCCGAAAAAAUAAGUGAUUUGGCUGGUAAUAGCAGAAAACAUAUAAAAUGUGUAAAUAAUUUAAAUCAAACGUCACUUGUUGGGGAACCAUCUUUACAAAAUGGGUUAGAAAUGGCAGCGUCAUCUUUAAAAUUAUUACCAUCUCAUGCCAGUCGAGAAAUUUUAGUUAUUAUGGGUAGUUUAACAACAUGUGAUCCUGGAGACAUCAACAUUACAAUUGAAAAUCUAAAACAGGAAGGUGUGAGAUGUUCUAUAAUAGGCUUAGCCGCUGAAGUGCACGUCUGCAGAUAUUUGGCGAACCAAACUGGUGGCAUAUACAAUGUAAUACUUGAUGAUAGUCAUUUUAAGGAUCUGCUUUUCCAACAAGUUGAUCCACCUCCGGCCGCUGUUUGCCUAGAAUCAAGUUUGAUUAAGAUGGGUUUCCCACACCAGAUCAACGUAGAAGGAUCAGAGGAACCAUUGACUAUGUGCAUGUGCCAUGUUGACAGUAUGGACGAGGGUAGCAAGUUAACAACUGGGGGCUACUAUUGUCCGCAGUGUUUUAGUAAAUACUGUGAAUUACCUGUAGAAUGUCGAGCAUGUGGUCUUACGUUAGUGUCCGCCCCUCACUUAGCCAGAUCCUACCAUCAUCUCUUUCCAGCAGUUAAUUAUGUAGAAAUAAAUUUUGAUAACCAGGCGGUGCUCUGUUUCGCCUGUCAGAAAACAUUUGGGGAAACUGAUAAGCAGGUUUAUGAAUGUUCAAACUGCAAAAAAAUAUUUUGUAUAGAUUGUGAUAUUUUUGUUCAUGAAACUCUGCACACUUGUCCAGGCUGUGCCACAAAUUUAGCAACAUUUCAGCUUACCCAUUCUAAUUAAUGAAAUAUAUAAUUUUAUUUUUUA